AUGACUAAUUUAGAUCAAAUUGGAUUUAUACUAUCAAAUGACAAAGAUUGGCAGAAUCUAGUGGAAAAAUGUUAGAGCAUAGACAGCAAUAUAAAAAAUAUGCAGACUAGACUUACAUUUACAAUAGGAUAAAUGAAUAAGGAAAUUGGGAAUCGGCAUAUAAUACCUGCAUAUUAAGUGGAAGAAGAAUAAAAUAAAGAAGAAAGUCCUUUGCCUUAAUAGGGUGAAUCACCUAGAAAGAAACCUGUAAAUUUAGUGAAACAAGCAUAAGUUCUAGCUCCAGUGUAUUCAACUAUAAGUGAAAGAUUUUAGAUAUGUAAAUUUUUGGGAAAAGGAAAAUUUAGUGAUGUUUAUUAGGCAUAAGAUAAAUAAUCAAAAAUAAUUGUUGCAUUAAAAGUUAUUCCAAAAGCCACAAUAUAAAAAUAUGGGAUGGAAAAAUAAUUGGCAAAUGAAAUUAAAAUUUAAGGAUAUUUAGAUCAUCCAAACAUACUCAAACUUUUUGGAUAUUUUUAAGAAUGGUCAAAAGUAGUUUUGAUUCUAGAAUAUGCUACUGAUGGUGAGCUAUUUAAGUUAUUAAAAAAAUAACCAAAAAAGAGAUUUUCAGAAUAAACUGUCUCUGGAUAUAUUAGAUAAAUUAUUGAAGGUAUAGGAUAUAUGCAUAGCAAAAAUAUUAUUCAUAGAGAUAUUAAACCAGAAAAUAUAUUAAUUACUCAUUCAUUAUUAAAAAUAGCUGAUAUGGGAUUAUCAACUUAUAAUCCUACAAAUUAAGUUAGAUAAUCUUUUUGUGGUACUGUAGAUUAUAUGUCUCCUGAGAUUGCAGCAGGGAGAGAUUAUGAUCAUACAGUAGAUUUAUGGGCUAUUGGAAUUUUGGCUUUUGAAUUAUGUACUGGAGAAACACCUUUUUAUGAGAAAAAAAAAGAAGAUACUAUGAAUAAAAUUAUCUAUAGUGGAUUUGAAUUCCCAAAUUUUAUAAGUGAAGAAUGUAAAAACUUUGUGCGUGCUUUAGUUUAAAAGGAUCCUAAAAAAAGAUUAAGCAUUUUUUAAAUUAUGUAGCAUUCUUGGAUUCAAAAAUAUGAAAAAGAAAGUACUAUUUUUAAUAGGGAUUUGCUAAAUUCUAUGGUUAAACUUUUAAAAUGA